CAUUUUCUCCUUCUUGAGGACACAGUCAUCGCUUGCUUCUGCCCAUGCCUUCAUCCAAUUCAUGGCUUGCAAGCUCUUCUCCACUUCCGUUUCCGACUUUCCACUCGUACAUGGAAAACUUUCCAACUUUCCACAAAUAAUUCCACCCAAUGUCUCUCCUGGUCAUGGGUAUUGCUCUUUCAAGUUCCUUUCGAGCUCCAGAAGAGUAUUUUCAUCUUCUUUAGUUGUUCAUGCUGCCAAAGGAGAAGCGAUCCAGUCACCAAAUUCAGUGUCUACCCUUGAUUCUAAAACUACCCUUCCUUCUUCCUCCAAGCUGGUUCUUGUUGUUGGCGGUACUGGUGGUGUUGGGCAGUUGGUAGUGGCAUCAUUGCUUGACCGGAAUAUCAAGUCGCGCUUGUUACUACGAGAUCCUGAAAAAGCAACUGCACUGUUUGGCAAACAAGACGAGGAGACAUUGCAGGUACUUAGAGGGGACACUCGGAAUCCAGAGGAUCUAGAUCCAUCUAUGUUUGACGGAGUCACACAUGUGAUAUGCUGCACUGGAACAACAGCCUUUCCUUCAAAACGCUGGGAUGGAGAUAAUACACCAGAAAGAGUAGAUUGGGAGGGUGUGAGAAAUCUCGUUUCUGCAUUGCCUUCAUCUUUGAAGAGAAUCAUUCUUGUUUCAUCAGUUGGUGUAACCAAGUUCAAUGAAUUACCAUGGAGCGUUAUGAAUCUCUUUGGUGUUCUUAAGUAUAAGAAGAUGGGGGAGGAUUUUGUUCGCCAGUCUGGUCUUCCAUUUACCAUCAUUAGACCUGGUAGACUAACAGAUGGACCUUACACAUCAUAUGAUCUAAAUACCCUGCUCAAAGCUACUGCUGGGCAACGGCGUGCAGUCCUUAUUGGUCAAGGCGAUAAACUCGUGGGAGAGGUAAGCAGACUUGUAGUAGCUGAAGCUUGCAUUCAGGCAUUGGACAUAGAUUUUACUGAAGGUCAAAUUUAUGAAAUCAAUUCAGUUGAGGGUGAUGGGCCUGGCAGUGAUCCUCAGAAGUGGCGAGAUCUAUUCAAAGCUGCUCAAACCCAAAAUUGAAUAUUAUACUGAUAGAGAAAUAUAUAAUGUGAUACAGUUGAAACUUCAUAAACUUUGAAAAAGGUGUAAUGGAUUUUGCUUUCAAGGUUAAUGUAUUAAUGUGUAUAUAUAUAUAUAUAUAUGAGUGAUGAAAUAAAUUAUUUCUACCAGCA